AUGGACUCCGACUCGUACUACAUCGUACAGCUCUUCCAGCAAGGCUCCUACCGCGCCGCCAUUGCCGCCUAUCAAGAGCUCUCAUCCCCCUCUCCCCUCCUCUCACUCUACGCUGCCCGCGCCCACCUCGCCCUGACCCCUCCCGCCGUCAAACCCGCCCUCUCGCUCCUCUCCUCCCUCCCUAAAACACUCGACAUCCGAGCAAUCACCUCUCUCGCGCACUACCUCCAAGGCGAGACCGAGUCGGCCGUCGGAGACUUGGAGGAGUUGUUGGCGGAUUUGGGGGACCAGGGACUUGAGGAGGGGGAUGAGACGGAGGGUAGGUUCGUGAGGGGCGUGAUUGGGACUGUUUGGGUGCUUGAGGGCGAGGAACGGAGGGAGGAGGGGAUUGAGAUCUUGAGGGAGGCGGUCGAGUUGGGCAAGGAUCAGGAAUGCCUCGGCAUCUUGUCGCACCUCUACAUCUCGCUCAACCUCCCUCACCUCUCCUCCGCGCUCCUCUCCUCUCCCUCCGUCACAGCCUUCACCUCCGACUCUCUCCUCUCCCAGCUCCUCGUCGCACGCUCGAACCUCGCCACCGGUCCGGCAAACAAGUAUCAAGACGCGUACUACGUGUUUGAGGAGAUCAAGGGUAUGCAGGGGGGAAGGGGAGAGGGUGUGUUGGCGGGUGUGGCGGUGGCGCAGGCUGCGUUGGGACGGUGGGAGGAGGCGAGGGAUGCGACGAACGAGGCGUUGGAGAUGAACCCGACGCACCCGACUUCGCUCGCCAACUCUGCCGCCCUCGCGCUCCACACGGGCAAGACGGCCGCUGCCGCCGACGAGAUCAUCGCACAACUGCGAGCAGCCGACGCGUCGCACCCGCUCGUCGCCGAUCUCGAAGCCAAGUCUUCGCUCUUCGACGACGCUGCCUCGCGAUUUGCGCCCGCCGUGACGGCCUAA